AAUUUAUUUACCGCUACAUUUUUGCUAUUUAUGAGGCAGUGACUUACGGCGAUACUUGCUGAUUCAGUUUCCCUUGCUGGGUACAGCCUUGAGCCUUCCUUGAUUUCGAAGCCCCUCACUUUCCAUAUCUGUUCCUUCGCAAUUCUGAAACUCACCUCUAUGUAAACGAGCUUCACUUCGAAUUUCUCAUAGAAGCCCAGGAGAAGCACACUCUGCGAGGAAGUGAGAGAUCCACAAAAUUCCUUUUCAGAUGUCUGACGAUGUGGAGAAUCCUAAAGUUAGCAUUGACCAAAAAGGUCCAGGAUCCUCACCUCCUGCCAAUGAAAUUGAGCCAACCUGGUAUAGCAGCUUACUUCAUCAAACUUCUGUCUAUGGUAUAGCUGCUGGAUAUUGCAUUUCAGCAUCUCUGCUCUCCAUCAUCAACAAGUGGGCUGUCAUGAAAUUCCCUUAUCCUGGAGCUCUAACUGCUCUACAGUAUUUCACUAGUGCUGCAGGUGUCUUUGUCUGUGGAUGUUUUAAGCUUGUGGAGCAUGACCCACUUGACCUUUUGACCAUGUGGCGUUUCUUACCUGCAGCCAUUAUGUUCUACCUUUCACUCUUUACCAACAGUGAGCUCUUACUUCAUGCCAAUGUUGAUACCUUCAUUGUCUUUCGUUCUGUAGUCCCUAUAUUUGUUGCAAUAGGAGAAACACUGUUUCUGCACCAGCCAUGGCCAUCAUUGAAGACAUGGCUCUCGCUUGCCACCAUCUUUGGAGGAAGUGUGCUUUAUGUUCUAACAGAUUACCAGUUCACAGUCACAGCCUAUAGUUGGGCUCUAGCUUAUUUGGUAAGCAUGACUGUAGAUUUCGUAUACAUUAAGCAUGUUGUGAUGACCAUAGGUUUAAACACAUGGGGUCUUGUGUUGUACAACAAUCUUGAAGCCCUCCUACUAUUUCCUCUGGAAUUGCUUAUAAUGGGUGAACUGAAGAAGAUAAAGCAUGAAAUCUCUGAUGAGUCAGAUUGGUACUCUUUUGAGGUGGUUCUGCCUGUUGGGUUGUCUUGCAUGCUUGGUUUAUCCAUUUCAUUCUUUGGGUUUUCUUGCCGGAAGGCAAUUUCUGCCACAGGAUAUACUGUUCUUGGCGUGGUGAACAAGCUGUUGACGGUUGUAAUCAAUCUGGUUAUUUGGGAUAAGCAUUCCUCGUUAAUUGGCACAAUUGGGCUUCUCAUUUGUAUGCUAGGUGGAAUUUUGUAUCAGCAGUCCACAGGUAAGCCCAAGUCUGCUCCAGAGGUAAAAGCAGAAGAUACUGAGGAAGAACAACAGAAGCUACUAGAAAUGCAAAGCAAAAUAGAAAGCAACAACAACGAGAAAGAAGAUACUGAAUCUCAUCAGGGAAAAUGAGGCUGUUCCAAAGACAAUAUGAUAGUUCCAUGUUAAAAGAUCAGGAUUAGGUUUAUUAGUUGGCAAAUUGUUGGAAUGGAAAAUCAGAUAUUAAGAGCCUGCCUACAGAUAGCUGGAUAGCCUGUGCUUGAACAGAACUUCUGUGGUUGGAAAUUUAGGUGGCUUUGGUGAUAUUUGCUUUUCUUUUGUAUCUUAUUCUACAGAUUUUAGUUUUAUUAGACCAAGAAAAACAGUCAGAUGUUUUGUUACAAUCUAUUGAUUUGUUCUUGUUAGAACAAUUUUAUCCAAAUAGUCCAGCAGUAAUGUCUUUAAAGUUGACGUUCAUGUGGGCCAAAAAUGUAUUAAAUGUAGCAGAGAGCCCAAUUAUUUUGAUUGUUA